AUUUAUGGCAGCGCUACGUCCGGGCAAGAAUGCGGCCACGGACCAGCCGCCCGAAGUUCUGGCCCUUGUGCGCAAGUGCGGAAGUGUACUGGCCCCGAGUGUGACCGGUUUCCGGCCGGUGGUGCUGCGCCGGCUUCCUGAGACGUGUAACGGCUGGUGGGCCGCAGCCAUGGCUGAGAGGAAACCUAAUGGUGGGGGUGGUGCCGCCUCCACCUCCUCGUCCGGCACUAAUUUACUCUUCUCAUCCUCGGCCACAGAGUUCACCUUCAACGUGCCCUUCAUCCCGGUCACGCAGGCCGCCGCUGCCUCCGCCUCCUUGCUCCUGCCUGGAGAGGAUUCCACAGAUGUUGGGGAGGAGGACAGCUUUCUUGGUCAGACUUCUGCUCACACAUCUACCCCGCAGACAUUUAGUUACUUCUCUCAGGUAUCAAGCAGUAGUGAUCCAUUUGGGAAUAUUGGACAGUCACCAUUAACAACUGCAGCAACAUCACCUGGACAAUCGACAUUCUCCAAGACCCCAGCUGCUCUCCCUUUUACAACCGGAUCCCAAGAUGUGUUGAAUACAUUUCCACCAUCCUUUUCAAAGGAUCAGUAUGUUGCUCCAGCUUCUUCACAGACGGGCACAAAUGCUUAUUUGCCUGUGCAGCCAAGUAGUCUCCCUCCUUCAAAUGUUGGGAGCCCACCCCAAGGAGUAUCCCAACAAGGAUACAAUCCCUAUCGCCAUACUCCCGUAAGCAGCAGAGCGAAUCCUUACAUUACACCACCACAGCUGCAGCAGUGCCAAACACCAGGCCAUCCCACCCAUCUGCCAUCCUCUGGACCCCAUGUCCACAUGUACCAGAUGCCUCCAGGAUCUCUGCCACCGGUUCCUCCUUCAGUGCAGUCAGGGCUGUCCCCUCCAGCACAGCAGCAGGCACUCGCUAGACCUGUGGGCUCCUCUGUGCCAGUGCCGCCUCCUUUUAUGCUUCAAAACCAGUACGAGCCUGUUCAGCCCCACUGGUUUUACUGCAAGGAGGUAGAGCACAGACAGCUCUGGAUGCCUUUCAGUGUGUUGGACUCUUUGCAUCUUGAAGAAGUCUAUAAUUCAGUCCAGCCAGACCCUGAGAGUGUGGUUCUAGGCACGGAUGGAGGGCGCUAUGAUGUUUACCUCUAUGACCGAGUGAGGAAAGCUGUAUACUGGGAAGAGGAGCCCACCGAAGUGAGACGCUGUACUUGGUUUUACAAAGGAGACACAGAUAGCAGAUUUGUUCCCUAUACAGAGGAAUUCAGUGAAAAACUAGAGGUUGAAUAUAAAAAAGCUGUAACCACAAAUCAGUGGCACCGCAGAUUAGAGUUUCCAAGUGGAGAGACUAUUGUUAUGCACAAUCCAAAGGUUAUUGUUCAGUUCCAGCCUUCGUCAGUGCCAGAUGAAUGGGGGACCACACAAGAUGGACAGACCAGACCCAGGGUUGUGAAGCGUGGAGUUGACGAUAACCUUGAUGAAAUUCCCGAUGGGGAAAUGCCUCCGGUUGACCAUUUGGUGUUCAUGGUGCAUGGCAUUGGACCGGUAUGUGACUUGCGCUUUAGAAGUAUUAUUGAAUGUGUGGAUGAUUUCAGGGUGGUUUCUCUCAAAUUGCUGCAGACUCAUUUCAAGAAAGCUUUAGAUGAUCGGAAAAUAAGCAGAGUGGAGUUCCUUCCCGUUCACUGGCACAGCUCCUUGGGUGGGGAUGCAACAGGCGUUGACAGGAAUAUUAAGAAAAUCACUUUACCAAGUAUUGGUCGGUUUCGUCACUUUACCAAUGAAACCUUGCUAGAUAUUCUAUUUUAUAAUAGCCCUACCUACUGUCAGAAGAUUGUGGAGAAAGUGGGAAUGGAGAUAAACCGUCUUCACGCACUCUUUAUGAGUCGGAACCCAGACUUCAAAGGAGGGAUCUCUGUUGCUGGUCACAGUUUAGGUUCUUUAAUAUUGUUUGACAUUCUGUCUAAUCAAAAAGAUUUGACUUUACCAAAGGCUUCAGGGUCUUUUGUUGUUGCUAAUGGAGCUGUGAAGCAGCCACGUGUCCAGGAGAAGCAGACGCCUGAAGACCCGAAGCUGGCCUUGGAUGAGCCCAGUGACCUUGAUGUUGAAAAUGAAGAAGUCCUGACUCUGCAGGAAGCCCUGGCAGCACUUAGUCUCUCUGAAUACGUUAGCACUUUUGAAAAGGAGAAGAUUGAUAUGGAAUCUCUGCUGAUGUGCACAGUUGAUGACCUGAAGGAAAUGGGAAUACCACUGGGGCCCAGGAAGAAGAUAGCCAACUUCGUCAAGGACAAGGCUGCCAAACUGGAACAGAAAAAAGCAGCCUCAGAAAAGAAGGCAGCAAUGGCGGCUUUGACAAAAGGACAAGAGGGAAGUGCUCAGAAAGCUAAAGAAGUGGCUUCUCUCCCCUCAGAGUCCAGUGAGUCUAAGAGGAGACUUCCAGUUGGUGCUUGUGUGUCUUCUGUGCAUGUGGAUUAUGAGUCUUUUGAGGUUGGCACUGGACAGGUCUCUGUUGUUUAUAGCUCAUUAGACUUUGAGCCAGAGAUUUUCUUUGCCUUGGGAUCUCCAGUUGGCAUGUUUCUCACUGUUCGAGGAGUGGAUCGGAUAGAUGAGAACUACAGACUUCCUACCUGUAAAGGGUUCUUCAAUAUUUACCACCCACUUGAUCCAGUGGCAUAUAGACUGGAACCUAUGAUUGUUCCUGAUUUGGACCUCAAAGCAGUUCUCAUUCCACAUCACAAAGGCAGAAAAAGACUUCAUUUAGAGUUGAAAGAAAGUCUCUCUCGCAUGGGAUCUGAUUUGAAGCAGGGUUUUAUUAGCUCUCUGAAAAGUGCCUGGCAGACAUUAAAUGAGUUUGCCCGUGCUCAUACCUCUUCAACUCAGCUGCAAGAAGAAUUGGAGAAGGUAGCCAAUCAAAUCAAAGAAGAAGAAGAAAAGCAAGUAGUUGAAGCAGAAAAGGUUGUUGAAAGUCCAGAUUUUUCCAAGGAGGAAGACUACUUAGGAAAGGUUGGAAUGCUGAACGGAGGCCGUCGAAUUGACUACGUUCUUCAAGAAAAGCCAAUAGAGAGUUUUAAUGAAUAUCUUUUCGCUCUUCAGAGUCAUUUGUGCUAUUGGGAAUCUGAAGAUACUGCCCUGUUAUUACUUAAAGAAAUUUAUCGAACAAUGAACAUUAGUCCAGAACAGCCCCAGCAUUGAUUGGACCUCAGCUUCACUCUCGUCUUUAAAUUUGGAAUGCAUCUUACAAACAGCUGUUGCCUGGAGGGAAGUUGAGUUCUUCUGGACAUUGUUUGCAUGUUUUGGCCGAUCAUUGGGGGCACUGCCACCCUGCGCCUUCUGAAGCGAAUUUCUCUGAGAGUUUCUUGGGCUCCGCUGCUAUUGUGAAUUCAGACACAGAAUUUGCAGGCAGGACAGGGUGGGUGUACUAGUUCAGCCACCAAUGUAUCCCCUCCCUCCAUCCCCAUUGUUGAGGAGGAGGUGUGCAGAUUUCUCUGCCAUCCCUUCUGCGGGACUAGUUAUUUUUUCACCCUUCCCUGAGGCUGUAGCCAUUUGGCAUACUCACUUUUUGUGCAGGUCUCUGUCUCCUUUUAGGUUCGUAUCCUGGGCAUCUUUUGUUUGCAUGGUGCGUAAAAUAAUGGUGUAUUAGAUUCAUUGAAAUAUGGUGUUUUAUUAUAACUUUAUAGUUUUUACUGUCUGGCAGUGCAAGUUAUUAGUAUGCCAUAGUCUUGGCAAUGAUUCCAAAUAAAUUUUGAAAUUAUUGAAGUUCCCCAUUAGUCUCUCUUCACAAAACGAACAAAACUCAAACAGUAUAGCCCUAGGAUUUUAAUAUCACCUAAUAUGAAAAAGUAACACCCUUUCAUUUCACACUUAAUUUGUUCCUUGUUCAUUGUUUUAUUUCUUCUUCUACUUGGUUGUAAAAUUGAGGCAAGAACUUAAGUUCCUAAUACUGAACUAAUACUAUGAAGUAAUUAAUUUAAAAUAUUAACAAUUCAACGUACAUGGUUCAUUCAAGGAGAGAUCAAUUUUGCUGAAUUCUUUUAUGUUUACCUCAUUUUUUCCUUUCUAGAAUUAUUUUUAAGCCCCAGAUUAACCUGUCAGAAACUUCCUUUUACUCUCUAUACUCACCAUGAUAUGAAGGUCACCUGCUAUGAACCUCACAGAAUGUCCCUGUCUGACUCCUGUCCCUUCCCUCUGGUGGCCUGUCUGUCUGAGGAUGUGCUCACAGGCUUGCUUUUUGCCAGCCCUCACAGUGUGUUCUUUGGGUCCCGAAAGGAACAACAGUGCAUUACUAUAUUAUUACUGUAAGCUUGUGAGAUUCACCAAGGGUUCCUUUUUCUUUUAAAGACUCUUGUCUUUCCAGAAAGUCACCAUAUAAAUUACAUGGCUGAGAAAAUUCUCAGAGGACAUUCCCAUUUAUUCCUGGGAUGGAUUGACAGACAAAGUGAUGAGUUGACAGUUGCUCAGAUACAAUUCUCAGAUGUAGGGAUUCAUUUAGAAGAAAACAUACAGAACAAAAAGACAAUGGAAACAGGACCACAUUUGGACAGUAUAGAUAAAAAAUGUAAUCAUUGAAAUGAUGCAGUUAAAAAUGCCUCAGUUCAGUUGUCAAAGUGGUGUGUGAUGUCAAUGAAGAAAUACAGCAUGCAGAAGGGUGUUUCUGUUUCUUAAAAACCUGUUGCAGUGGGCUGUUAGACUUGUGUUUUUUAAAUGUAGUAUGUUCUUUUAUUCAAGUAUGGACUGCUUGAGACUAUAGUAGUAUGAGUUAAAAAACCUUGUGUUCUACUUUAAAUGUGAAUUGUUCUGAACUGCUUUAAUGCAGCGUCACUGUAUUUGUUAAGAGACACUAACCACAGCUACUUAUAUUCCAAGUAGAAUCUGAGGUUUUGAUAAAGCUGCGGAGGGAUGGCUGUGGGAGGAAGGACAGCGCCUGACUGACUGCGCGGCCAUCCUCUGAGGCUCUCCCAGCCCAGCAUGUCGUUUCCUGGGGGUGGGGUGGGGUGGGGUGGGGGUGUGUGUGUACAGGGUGCUGUGCAGUCACCCUGUCCUGAAGCUCCAGGUAAUGUGAGAACCAGACCAGAGGAUUUUUGAUUUUUUAUUUGCUUUGUAUUAAUUUCAUUUAUACCAAAGUGUUUGAAAGUAUGAAAUGUAUUGUUUCUAGACUAUAAAUCAACUUCAUGAAAAGACUGUUCUGUAGUAUUUCAUUUUGUUUUACUAUAACUUUAGAUAAUCUUGACUCUUUUCCUAAUACUACAUGGAGAUACUGAUUUUUCUUCUUUUGUUAUGUAAUAGAAACAUUUUACACUGUUUACAUCGUUCUCAUGGAACAUAGAAUUUUUUAGAAGCAACAUGUAAUACACAUUUUUGUGUAUACUAAUUAGUGUGAAUAAAACAGUGACAUCAAUGCAUCUUUUUAAAGUAUCAAACUUCUGUAUUUCUCGUAUCUUCCUUAAAAGUUUGGCAUUUAUUUACUUUUCGUUGUGAGUACGUGCUAUAUAUUAUUAAUGCAUAGCAUUUGCUCCUAAUAAUAGAAUUAGGACAGUAGAAUUGUAGAGCUGCAGUGGACCCCAGACAACGUCUAUUCCAAGCACCUUGUGUGUAGCUGAGGACUUACUUGGCACUCAGUGCCGUCUGCAGACGGCGAGUACAGGCCUGGGCUGGAGCACAGCUUCCCUGGCUCCUCUGUCUUCACUUCUCCAGGCCAGUGCUGCUACUUUUAACUUGUUCUCCCUUGAUUUCCCAAGGCUGAUGAAAUUCAGAAAAAUGAGGAUUAUUUAUGUAUAUUGUAAUAAAUUCUAAUGUGAUUUUGCAAUUUA